AACCAUCUGGACUGCUGCUCCCCCUCAGCUGUAAUGGCUGGGGGGGGGUGUCAGUGGGAUGCUUGCUGUCUGUUAGUCCCUGACCCUGAUAACAGGCUUCCUAAGGCAAAGGGAUGCCUCAAAGAGCAGAAAGGGGAGGCUCUACAAUGAAAUAUAUGCAAGAAACUAAGCCCUGAUGUACAAAUCAGGCAUCCCCCUCCACCCCAGGACAGGGGUGGUUGCUGGUGACAGCCCUCUAGUCCCACGUCUUGGAAGCUUUGGGCUAUUCUCUCCAGUCCCUCCUUCCUCCUCUCUCUCCUCCCUGAAUCAGGCAGGAGCUGCAGGGUCUCUUGCCUCUCUGCUGUGCCUGGGGUUGCAGCCUUCCUCCUCGAUGCACUGAACAAGCAACUGCUGUGGAGCUCUGGCACCUACUUCCUGCACUUGAUCUAAAUCUGUAGAAUGAAAUCAAUCAGAACUAAAUGCAGCAAAUGAAAUAAGCCUGGAGUACUGAACAGCAUGGAGGCACAUGACAACAUGAGUCAGAAAAUGGACUCAAACUCUUCAUUCGAUUGGCUUCACUUACUGAAUUAUAAUGGGACUUACAAGUACCUCUACUUAGAAGGCAAUGUCUCCUACGUGGACUUCUACCUUCAUCAGCCUUCAGUGGCAGCUGUCUUCAUCGUCUCUUACCUCCUGAUCUUCCUACUCUGUAUGGUUGGCAAUGGAGUGGUUUGCUUUAUUGUCCUGAGAAGCAAACACAUGCAUACAGUCACAAACCUUUUCAUCUUAAACCUGGCUGUCAGUGAUUUACUGGUGGGAAUCUUCUGCAUGCCCACCACCCUCCUGGACAACAUAAUUGCAGGAUGGCCUUUUGGGAGCCUGGUUUGCAAGAUGAGCGGAAUGGUCCAAGGAAUCUCUGUUUCUGCCUCUGUCUUCACUCUAGUUGCUAUUGCUGUAGACAGGUUUCGAUGCAUUGUUUAUCCAUUUAAGCAGAAGCUGACCAUUUCAAAGGCAGUUGCCAUUAUAGCAGUCAUCUGGAUUCUGGCCAUCGCCAUCAUGUGUCCUUCUGCAGUCAUGCUGCAGGUACAAGAGGAGAAACAUUUCAGGGUGAUCCUUGGCUACGGCAAUGAAACCCGCCCAGUAUACUGGUGCCGGGAGGACUGGCCUAACCCGGGAAUGAGGAAAAUCUAUACAACAGUUCUGUUUGCCAACAUCUACCUGGCUCCCCUGUCGCUUAUUAUUAUAAUGUAUGCUAGGAUAAGCAUUGCUCUCUUCAACACAGCAAUGCCCAUGGUGGGAAAACACAGCCAGGAGCAGCGGCACAGUGUGUCUAAGAAGAAACAAAAAGUCAUCAAAAUGCUCAUUAUUGUGGCUUUGCUGUUCACGCUGUCCUGGCUUCCCCUGUGGACUCUGAUGAUGCUCUCAGACUACGCCAACCUUUCAGAUAUCCAGCUGCAGAUCAUCAACAUUUAUAUCUACCCCUUCGCUCACUGGCUGGCCUUUUUCAACAGCAGCGUUAACCCCAUCAUCUACGGUUUCUUUAAUGAAAACUUUCGCCGAGGCUUUCAGGCAGCCUUUAAACUUCAGCUCUGCUAUAGGGAGAUCGUUCAGAGAGAGGUCUAUUCUCACCGAGGCCAGAGCAAUGCCAUUUUGCCAGCUGCCAACUACCAGACACCCCAGGAUCAAGCUUGUCGAAAUGCUGAGGAGGAGAGGAAGACAGUUAAGAAAGGAAACUGGGUGAAUAACCAGCAGGAUUUGAUAAUGGAGGAUCUAGAAGAGCCCUGCAAUGAUGGGAUUAAGUGAAGCAUGAUACAAACUACCUGAAUGAUUUAUGCCUACCAGAACUUAUUUAUUGUGAAAUUCAUACUCUGUAAAGCCCUUUCUGACAAAAAUGUCAAUGUGUUUUUGUUCUGAAGGAGAUACACAACCUGCAUGGUAUCUGAAUGUUUGAUAUAAGUGGGCAACCAAAUUCAGCCCUUUGUGUUACUAGCUUAAACUAGUGGCAAAUCCCCUGCAGUCAGUGAUGACUCAGUAGUCUUGAACUGGGCUGGAGCAAAGACAUGAUUAAAAUGGGAUUACCUUCUAUUUAUUGUGACAUAAGAGAGAAAGAGAACUAUGAUACAAUUACUUUAGAUAUUCACUGAUUCAUUUUCUUCUGCAAAUCUCUCGGAGCAGCUGCAACAGGGUUGCUUGAACAAUAUUUAUGGUAAUGUUUCAGCAUGUAAGGCUAGUUGUUGUUAGUACCUACAAUUUUCUUCCAGUAUCAGACAAUGAAAACACCACUGCUGUUUGUAGCAUCCAGCUAGAUUGUGGAGCUGGAAAAAGGAGGGACUCACAAUAUUUGCCAGGGCUCUGAGCCACGCCCUGUCCUGGGGGUUUGACUGUUGGGGUUCCAGGCAGCUCCAACCCAGUGUGGCUGAGGAUGUCCCCCUUGUUGCAUUAAGAAAUAAUUUUAAUUUCUAUACAAAAAUACCCACUAAUGAGAUUUAUAAAAAAGUCCUCUGCUAAUCCAAUAAAUUCACUUCUUGAUUUAACAUAAAUUUCUCUUUGUUCAGGAAUGGGUCCUUGAUAUGUCUCUCUUAGCUGCUUCUGUGAAGCAUAAGCCUGUUCCUUGAACUUGUCAAUCCCUUAUUCUAUAGCUCUCAUUAACUGAAAUAUUGGAAGUAUGUUCUGAGUAUUUGAACUAAACUCACCAGUUCCUGGGUCAUCUUGUGGUUGUACUCAUAUUGCUUCUGCCUGGACAUUCUGAAUUCCAUCCAGUUCCUACCCAAAUGACAAAAAGUAAGCAUAAAAAGUCAGUAAGCAUUGAGUCAUAUUCUAUUUAUUCCCUUUUCAGGUUAUACCUCUUGUUAGUUCUGUGAUAUUAAUUAUUGUUGCAUCUAGAGAAAUAAAUAGGAGUGAAAAUUUGAGAAAAAAAGGAUUAAA